UAAAACAAACAAACAAUCAAAUUGCCGAAUGUGAAUUGAAAGCCAUUAUAUUUAAAUUUGGUUUUUGUCUUUAAAUUCGAAAAAUACAGUAUUUGCUAUAAAAAAAAAAAUGCCAAAAAAGAAAACUGGUGCAAGGAAAAAAGCUGAAAAACAAAGAACAAGACAAAAAGAUAUUAGGUCAAGUGAUAGAGAAAUAACAGAAUGUCCUGGGAAUUUCGUUAUGGAAUGUGAAAAAUGUGAAAGGAUUCAAAAAAAUCGUGCAUUUUGUUAUUUUUGUAACUCCAUACAAAAGUUGCCAGCAUGUGCGCAAUGUGGAAAACAGAAGUGCAUGAUGAAAUCUGGUGAUUGCGUCAUUAAACAUCCUGGUAUGUAUGCCACUGGAAUGGCAAUGGUGGGAGCUAUAUGUGAUCAUUGUGAAGCUUGGGUUUGUCAUGGAAAAAAGUGUUUAACAACACAUGCUUGUUUAUGUCCACUUAUUGAUGCUUCUUGUUUAGAAUGUCACCGUGGAGUCUGGAGUCAAGGUGGUCGUUUCUUCAAAUGCUCGUUUUGUAUGAAUUUCCUAUGUGAAGAUGACCAGUUUGAGCACCAGGCUAAAUGCCAAAUAUUGGAGUCUGAAAGCUACAAAUGUGGAUCAUGCAAUAAACUUGGUCAGUAUUCAUGUUUAAGAUGCAAGAUUUGUUUCUGUGACGAUCAUGUUCGAAGAAAAGGUCACAAGUAUGUUAGAGGGCAAGCUAUCUCUUGCCCAAAAUGUGGUUUUGAGACCAAGGAAACAAAAGAUUUGUCAAUGUCAACACGAACAACAGACUAUGGUCGUCACAAAUACAAUGAAGAAGACGAGGAACCUUACGAAGAUGAUUAUUAUUCAUACGAUUCUCGCUCAGCGGCAAGUAAUUUUUCUGGAUUUGGUGGAGUUUCAUAUAACAAAAACGAAGAAGAGUCAAACGAUGAUAGUGAAGAGGGUAGUAAUGACGAUGAUGAUGACGAUGAAGAUGACGACGAUGAUGAUGAUGAUGAUGAAGAAGAAGACGAUGACGACGACGAAAAUAACGAAUGUGAAAACGAAUUGACAGAUAAAGUAGUAAACUUAAAAGUCGACGGAAACAAAAAGUUGUAAAAGAAUCAAAAAUUGUUAAACAUUUAUAUUUUGUAUUUUGCAAAAGUAAACGAAAUAAUAAACGGUCUCUAAAAACCA